UUCAGUUCAGAGCACAGACACAAGAGAGCAAAUAGUGUAAUCGUGAGGGGAAGAGAUCGGUCGAAGAUGAUGGCGGACGAAGGAGAAGGCGUCAAGCUGCUGGGUACGGUGGUGAGCCCGUUCACGGUCCGCGUGCGCAUGGCGCUGCACCUCAAGGGUGUAAGCUACGAGGACCUGGAGCAUGACCUGUUCAACAAGGGCGACCUCCUCCUCGCCUCCAACCCGGUGCACAAGAAGGUCCCCGUCCUCAUCCACGCUAGCAGGCCCGUCUGCGAGUCGCUCGUCAUCGUCGAGUACGUCGAUGAGGUCUGGGCCGGCGCGGCCUCGCUCCUCCCCGCCGACCCCUAUGACCGUGUCGUUGCCCGAUUCUGGGCAGCCUACGUCGACGACAAGGUGGUCUCCCUGCGCGCGACCACCGAGGAGGAGCGAGCGGAGAGGCUCGACGUCGCGCUCGCGGCGGUCAGGCCCUUGGAGGAUACCUUCGACGCUUGCUCUGGCGGCAAGGCCUUCUUCGCCGGCGACUCCGUCGGGUACCUCGACCUCGCGCUCGGGUGCCACCUCUUCUGGUUCGAGGCGUUGCGCGAGAUGUUCGGCGUGAUGGUCAUCGACGCCGGCAGGACCCCGCGCCUGGCCGCCUGGUCUGGAAGGUUCCUGGAGACGGAGACGGCCAAGAAGGCGGCGUCGCCCAUUGAGAGCAUAGUGGAAUACGAGGGUCCUUGUUUCUUCCAUGGAGAUGAGAUGAGAGUCUUGGGAGAGGAGGAAGCAGAGAGCAGAACGGCGUGGCCGCAAAGGAGGCGCACACGCUGCUGUAGGGGGAGCGGGUAUCUUGAGAGCUCGCCGAUGCGGAGCAGGCAGCGGAGGCCGCGGACGGCUUCCUCCUCCGCACGUCGGAAGAUGAAGCCCGGGAGGGGAAGGGAGCUCGGCUGUGGCGCCGUGGUGGAGAACGCCGGGCCGGCGUACCUGGCCGCGACGGCGACCGGCACCAUCUUCUUGGUACCGAUGAUGUAG